AUGCAUAAACUUUGUAUUCGCUUAUAUGUAAAAACUUGUUGGUUAUUAGGUCUAAAUGCUAUACAGAUGCAUGAUGAAUUAACUGCUGCUUAUGGACAAGGUGUUGUUUCAUAUAGUACAGCUACUCAUUUGAUUGAUCGAUUUUCAAGUGGACGAGAGUCGUUGGAAGAUAAUCCUCGUAAUAGUCGUCCAAUAACCGUCAUUACUAAACAAAAUAUUGAUGNAUACAAAUGUUAG